AUGGGAGCACCAGUGCUCCUCUUAGCCCUGACCCUAUUCCCAGUCGCAGCUGCAGCAAGCCUGGAACCUCACUACAUGGUGGUGUUCCCUGCUGUCAUUCAUCAUUCCCAAGAGGAGAAACUCUGCAUUCACUUCAGUUCCCUGACUGAGACCGUCCACUUGUCUGUAACCUUGGGGGUGAUAACCCAUAAUCACACGCUGGUGGAACAGGAUGUGGAGAAGCCAGGCACAUUCCAGUGCUUCACCUUCCAGGUGCCAGAGUUCAUUCCCAGGAAAAGAGAUGAUUCCAUGUCACAUCCAGACAAGGUGUUUUUUCUGCAUGUCCUGGUCCGCAGCGGUGACAAUGUGCUCUUUGAGGGUCACAAGAAGGUUCUGGUUGAGCCCCCAAAGAAUGUAAUUCUGGUAGAGACAGACAAGGGCUUAUACAAACCUGGAGAAAUAGUGAAAUUUCGAAUUGUGAACCUUGACAAGGACCUUAAAGUCAUUAAAAAUGAGUAUUCCCAGAUAUGGCUGCAGGAUCCUGAAUAUAACCGUGUUGCUGAGUGGCUGAAUGUAAAGUCAAGACAAGGCAUUGUGGAUCUGUCCUUCCCACUGGCCUCCGAAGCACUCCUUGGGGAGUACACCAUCUCAGUGCAACAGGACAUGGCUCAAAAAACCUUCACGGUUGAUGAAUAUGUGCUGAAAAAAUUUGAAAUAAAGAUUGAGCACCCACCAUUUAUCACUACAGAGGAUGUGGAAUUUCAGCUGAAGGUCUGUGGCAAGUAUACCUAUGGGAAGCCUGUUCAAGGGGAAAUAAAUAUUACUUUUAUUACAUUAUCCCAGUUCUUUGAAGACAAUUUAACAAAUUCUACUGAGGGGAGGAAGCAAAACAGCAGGACAAACAAGGACGGCUGCAGUACAUUUACAGUGAAGACAGAGAAUCUGGAAUUAGAUGAAAUGGACAGCUACAUAGUUGUGAUAGGAAAAAUGAUGGAAGACGGAACAGGAGCAAAGACUAUGGAAACUGCUGGAAUUCCUAUUGCAACGAGAAUGAAGUCUAUUGAGUUUAUCAACUUCCAUUCAUUCUACAAACGUGGACUGCCAUACACAGGAAAGAUGUUCUGCCACAGUGACAAUUCUCCUCUCAAAAAUGAAACGGUCUACCUAACAGUUGACAUCAAUGAUGAGGAGACACACCUGUCAUUCCUCACAGAUGAAAAUGGGGAAGUUCACUUCUCACUGGAUACCACCAGCUGGAACAGCACACUGGUUUCUCUGAAGGGUACCUACAACCUUGGAAAUCAUGAUGAGCAGGAUUCUUCUGAAAGUCACACAGAAGUUGAGGAUAGCUUCCACUGGCUGAAAGCUUUCUACUCUGAGAGCAACAGUUUCCUUGAGAUCAAGGCCAGGAAUGAUGAGAUGCCCUGUAAUCAAAAGCAGGAAGUGCAAGUGGAUUAUAUCAUUGACCGGAAUAAAUUCAGCUCUGAAACAGACUACAUUGAUUUCUACUACUUGGUGAUAUCAAAAGGCAAGAUCCUUUUCAGUGGAGAGAAGCAGUUGCCAGUUCCCCAGCAUGAGAAUCUGCAGGGCUCGUUCUCACUGACUCUGACUAUUGGCAAUGACUUCCUGCCUGAUAUCAAUCUUCUGCUGUAUACAGUCUUCUCGGAUGGAGAGGUGGUGGCUGAUGUGGAAGAGUUUAAAGUAGAAAAGUGCUUUAGACACAAGGUGUCACUGGACUUCUCACACAAGGAGGAAGUGCCAGGAUCAAAGGUCAGUUUGGACCUCAAGGCUGCUCCAGGGUCCUUGUGCUCUGUCCAAGCUGUUGACAAGAGUGUCCUCUUGAAGAACAACAACACCCUAACAGCAGACAGGCUGUAUGAGAAUUUCUUUGAUGACAGCUUUACAAUUGAAGGACGAGGGUUUCCUUAUCACUUGGAAGACUUUGAGGCAUACCCUUGUCUGCCUCAGCAGUCCAGUCUGCACAAAAAGACUCAGAUGGAAGCACCAUGGUACCAAAGUGAUGGUGAUGUCUUUAAUCUGUUUAAGAAAUUGAGCAUGAAAAUAUUAACCAAUACUAGAAUCAAGAAACCAGUUUCCUGUAUACGACCAGACUUUAAGAAAAAGAUGUAUUCUGGAAAAAACAAUGUUGUUGAAAAUCAUGUGGUCCAUGGUGAUUCUGCUCCUCGCCCGGAUAACACGAAGAAGCCAAAACCACGGACACUUUUCCCAGAGACCUGGAUCUGGGAUCUGAUCUCUGUCGGGGAUGAGGGGCAGGCGUCUCUCCAAGUUGCCGUACCUGAUACCAUUACGGAAUGGAACGCCAACACCUUCUGUGUUGCCGAUACGGGCUUUGGAUUCUCUCCUCUGACCUCUCUUAGGGUCUUCCAGCCUUUCUUUGUAGAUCUGUCACUGCCAUACUCUGUGAUCCAAGGAGAGACCUUCAGCCUAAAAGCCACUGUCUUCAACUACCUCAAAGACUGUAUCCAGGUGCGCACCACCCUCACAGAGACCCCAGAACUAAAGGUGGAUGCCUGUCCAGGCUGCCGGUUCACCAUCUGCCUCUGCUCAAACGAAGCAAAAACCUUUGAGUGGAACGUGACAGCCACGAGCCUGGGCAAAGUGAAUGUCACCGUGAGCAGCGUGGCAGAAGAUUCACACAGUCUGUGUGCUAACAGGAUUGCUGUGACACCUUUGCAAGGAGAGAGAGACACAGUGAUAAAACCUCUGCUUGUGAAGCCAGGAGGUGUCCUUCAAGAGAAGACCCAAAAUGCCUUUCUCUGUGCUGCAGAUAACACUGUCUCUGAAGAGUUCUCCCUGAUGCUGCCUGCAGAAGUGCUGGAAGGAUCUGGCCGAGCCACUUUCUCUGUGAUUGGGGACAUCAUGGGCCCAGCACUUCAAAAUUUAGACCAGCUGCUAGAGAUGCCCUUCGGCUGUGGUGAACAGAACAUGGUUCAGUUUGCACCAAACAUCUUCAUACUCCAGUACUUGAAUAAGACUAAACAACUGGACCCAGAAAUUGAAGAUAAAGCACUGAAAUUCCUGAGAACAGGUUACCAGCGUCAGCUGCUCUACAAACAUGAUGAUGGCUCUUACAGUGCCUUUGGGAAAGCUGACAACGAGGGCAACACAUGGCUGACAGCUUUUGUAGCCAGGUCCUUUGGCCAAGCCAGCUCUCACAUUUACAUCCAUAAGGAUCAUGUGCAUAGCGCUCUGCUCUGGCUGCAGAAGCACCAGCUGCCCAGUGGCUGCUUCCAGAGUGUAGGGGAAGUCUGUCUGUGUGAUUUGCAGGGUGGUGUGGAAGAUACGAUCUCAUUAACAGCCUAUGUCACUGCUACACUGGUGGAGCUUCAUCUGGAAAAGACAGACACCAUGCUGGAUAAUGCCUUACGUUGUCUUAAGAAUGUAACACUCGAUAAGAUGAGCCUGUAUGUCAAGGCCUUGAUGGCUUAUGUCUUCACACUGACCAAGGACGUGGAGAUGAGAGAGGAGCUCCUGGAUAUGCUUGAGAGGGAAACUGCAGGACUCCUGACAUCACAUUCCAACAGAGAACAAUCUUCGUCUUCUAUGAUUGAGACAGUAGCCUACAUCCUCCUGGCUCAUGUCUCCAAAUCAGACUCGGCACUCAAUGAAGCCUCAGUGAGCAAGCUCGUGCACUGGCUCAGUGGACAAAGAAGUGCCUUUGGUGGAUUUGCUUCCACACAGGACACAGUUGUUAGCCUGCAGGCCUUGGCUCAGUAUGCAGCCCUGAUUCCCCAGGAGAUGCGAGAUGUAAAGGUGACAGUGAAAGGCAAAGAGGCUUCUUCUCCACUGAAGUUCCACGUGCACAGAAACAACAAGUUGGUCCUGCAUCAGGCAUCUCUCCUUGAAGUCCCAGGGGUGUACACAGUGCAGGUGAUGGGCAGUGGCUGUGUCUAUGUACAGACCACAUUGUACUAUAACAUCCCGCCACCAAAAACAGAAGAGAUUUUUGUCCUGGAUGUGGAAACAGUACCAAGAGAAUGUGAUGGCAUCAGGAAACAGCUUGACAUCCAUGUGUCUGUCAGUUAUGUAGGGGACCGUGAGACCAGUAACAUGGCCCUGGUGGAGGUGGAGAUGCUGUCAGGGUUCAUUCCUGUGAAGAGCUCUGUGAAAGAGCUGGAGAAGAUACCCCUGGUGAAAAAGACAGAGAUAAAACCAGACAAAGUCAUAAUCUACUUGGAAGAGUUAGGUAAGACUUCUCUGAAGCUUAGCAUCUCAGUGGAACAAGAUAUUGAAGUGCAGAACCUGAAAGCAGCAGCUGUGCAUGUCUAUGACUAUUAUAAACCUGAUGACCGCACAGCAAGAGAAUAUGCUUUCCCUUGCAGUUCAGAUGUGUCAAAGAAGUAUUCCUACUAG